UAAUCGAUAAUCAAGUAGUCCUAUCUUCAACAACUGUUGAUUUGUCCCCAAAUUGUUUUAAAAUAUAUUGGCUACUUAUAAAGAUGGUGAUUACCUCUCAUUCGGUGACAGAAAUUUUGGACUGACAACUAUGCAAAACUGGGACAGGCACAAUAGAGACGUGUUAAAAGGAGACAUAAUCGGUAUAACCGAUGACAACACGUCUAUCACCAAGAACUGCAUCAUAAAAGUGAACCAAACUGCCUGUAAUGAUUUCAGUGACAGCACUGAUCAGUUAAAACACAGAACACGACACAUAAACUACUGGAAAUCAGAGCUACACAGAGCUAUUCAAGACAUCGAUGCUGAAAUCAAUAUAUUGGAAGCACUUCGCCAACAGCUCAAAAAUGCUAUGGACACGCUCAAUAUACCUGAAUAUAUAACAGAAGAAUGCCUCCAUCAGAGAGGUAACAGAAUGCAAUCUGACAUGGUAUAUGACGAACCACAAGAUGAGCUAUUCAAAGAAUCUGUACUCAUUGAAAAUGUAAAGCGAUUACAUCGAGAAAUGUUAAGAGACAUAGAGAAUCAAAUGCAAAUGAAUGUGGCCGCAAAGCAUGCGUUAGAACGAGACUGGAGCAACAAAUAUUUGGCAUUUAAGUACGAAAGCCACAAUUCAGAUCUCGAAACUAAGUCUGAUAACGUUAAAGAUUCAGCCGGAGCCACUAGACUCGCUGAAGGACAAUCCAACGUUCAGACGUGGGAAGAAUAUACGGUUACAACAUUAGAACAAUUUAAAACCGCUAUAGACCGGUCUAAAGCGUUGAGGGAAAAAGUUGACGCAGUAUUGAUAAAUUCUGCAAGAGAUUUGCGUUCUCAAGACAUAAAAGUGAAUAAGGCGUUAAGCCAGAGAAUAGCUCGAACUGAGCAAGUGAAAACUGAAUUGGAGAAUCAAUUGCGAUUAACCUUGGACAAGAUUGUCGAGACUGAAAAUAUAUUGGAAACGUUACACGAAGAAAUGUUGAAGGUUUCGCAAAGGAUUCAAGUAGCGCAAACGAGGUUGAACGUUAAAAACUGCCGACCGAACGUUGAGAGUUGUAGAGAAGGAUCUUUGAUAGGCUUGAUCGAGGAAGUUAGGGACUUGAAUGACAGUAUGAGUUUGUUACAGAAGCGAUCUUUAGAAAUGGAGAAACUGAGAGCUGACUUGAUACACGAGCGGUCAAGACUAGAAAAUGAAAUUAUAGUCAAAAAGAAAACAAUUUAUAUUGAUAAUGAAAGAUGUUUGUUUCUGAGAUCGCAUUUUCAAUCCGCUGAAAAAUUGUGUGGGUUUUAGAUAA